AUGACCAAUGGAAAAGCUGUCAUCGUACCAAAAUUGGAAAAUCAAUGGAAUGAUAAUCAUAAGAUAUUAUGGUCAUACGAUUGGAAAGCACAAAACAUUCUCAUAUCUGCACUCGGUGUUGAUGAAUUUUAUCGUGUUUCCCAUUAUGAAACCGCCAAAGUUUUGUGGGAUGCAUUAGAAGUUUCCCAUGAUGGAACUAAUGAGGUCAAACAAGCUAGGGUAAAUACAUUGAAUCAAGAGUUUAAACUUUUUCUUAUGAAGCAUGGUGAAACCAUAACCGAAAUGCAAAAGAGGUUCACACGUCUUAUAAACCAGUUGAAUGCUCUAUGUAAGCCUAUUUCCCAUGAUAUUUCUAAUAAAAAAGUUUUGAGGUGUCUUAAUAGGGAAUGGAAACCCAAGUUCACCGCAAUCAAAGAGGUGAAUGAUCUUAAAGCACUUGUGUAG